AUGUCAGGUGCUUUUACCAUGCCGCACGCCCUCACUGGAGGUGCCGGCUACAAAGCAAACCCGACAUACGACGAAUUCCUGCGCAAGAACAGCGCCUUCUACCGCCGCCACAGCGCCGCCUCGGGCGCCCAAGAAGAAGACCGCCGAGCGUCCGUGACCGCCCACGACCAGAACGCCGCCGCGGCCGCCGAAGCCUCUGCCAACGUUGCGAACCAUCGCCGCGGCUCGAUCCAGAGCGCGGCCGGCGGUGCCGCAUCCGCCAAUGAACGCAAGGGCAGUGUUGCGGUUGUGAGUGACGUUGAACGCAAGGAUAGCAUCUUUGGCAUGGAGGCGACCGCGGGGGUGAGGAUGGACGAAGGGAGACGGCCUAGCACUAGCUUAGCUAGCGACUUGCUCCAUAAGAUGAAGGGGGAUCGGAAGGGAAGCCGCGGUUGA